UUAUGCUCAAGCGAUGGAUUUCUCAAAUGCUUCUCCUUCUCCAACACAAGUUGAUCAACAAAAUGAUGAGAAAACAGUGAAGGUUUCAUUGUCAUUUGAUCUUAAUUCCAAACCAGAGGAGGAGGAGGAGGAACCAAUUUCUUUCUCGGAGGAAGCCCGUGCCAAAGUUGGUGGCGGCUGUGAAACCAGAGCCGCUAGUGCUUCUGAACCAGACGAUCACAUUCAACAAGUUGCUCUUCCUACCGAUGCUGCUCACAAUCACAGAGUCAACAUUGUUGAUCCGGAAUCUGACUCUCAGAAUAGGAAGAGAAAAAGAUCUGAUAAUAGAGGGAUGGGAAGCGUUGUCCGUAGGGAAACCUUUGUGUUGCCAUUUGAGACCCAAAGUGAGACAGUAAUAUUUGUGGAUGAUGGCUAUCAGUGGCACCAAUAUGGACUCAAGACUAUGAAGGGAAAUUUAUUCCCUAGGGUCUACUACAAAUGCGCAAGUGCAGGGUGUUGCGCAAGGAAGGAAGUGGACAGAAAUUCAGUCAACACAAAACAUGUGAUUACUACUUAUGUUGGUAAACACAAUCAUGAACCACCCACAAAUUAAGAAGAAACAGCGUGUAGAUGACGAAGAACAAGAAGAUGAUGGCGGCGAAGAACUUGCGGCAGCAGUUGCUAAGGCUAAUACCAUGCCUUGACCGUGAUGCUUCCCCUCAACCUGGUCCUUUCAAGGCAUCAAGUGCAGGAGAUAGCUAGUACUAGGUAGAGAAAGGAGAUCAAUAAUAAUGAAUAAUGUGUGCAGGGCAUGCAAAUGCUGUUUAUACUUAGUUCUUAUAAUUCCUUUUUGUCCUUUAACUUCUGGUUUUAUGGAAUGUUUGAUUGUUAA